AUGGACCAGUAUGGACCAGUACAGACCAUCCCUCCCAGUGCUCCCAGUCCCAUCCCAGUUCACCACCAGUGCUCCCAGUAUCACUUACCAGUGCCUCCCAAUCCCCUCCCAGUCCCUCCCAGUCCCUCCCAAUCCCCUCCAGUCCCCUCCCAGUCCCUCCCAGUCCCCCCCAGUCCCUCCCAGUCCCCUCCCAGUCCCCUCCCAGUCCCCCCCAGUCCCUCCCAGUCCCUCCCAGUCCCCUCCCAGUCCCCCCCAGUCCCCCCCAAUCCCCUCCCAGUCCCUCCCAGUCCCCUCCCAGUCCCUCCCAGUCCCUCCCAGUCCCCUCCCAAUCCCCUCCCAGUUCCCUCCCAGUCCCCUCCCAAUCCCCUCCCAGUUCCCUCCCAAUCCCCUCCCAGUCCCUCCCAGUCCCUCCCAGUGCUCCCAGUCCCAUCCCAGUUCACCACCAGUGCUCCCAGUAUCGCUUCCCAGUCCCCUCCCAGUGUCCUGUCACUUCAUCCCAGUCCCUCCCAAUCCCCUCCCAGUCCCUCCCAGUCCCUCCCAGUCCCCUCCAGUCCCUCCCAGUCCCUCCCAGUCCCUCCCACUCCCCUCCCAGUCCCCCCCAGUCCCUCCCAAUCCCCUCCCAGUCCCUCCCAGUCCCUCCCAGUCCCGCCCAGUCCCUCCCAAUCCCCUCCCAGUCCCUCCCAAUCCCCUCCCAGUCCCCUCCCAAUCCCCUCCCAGUCCCUCCGAGUCCCUCCCAAUCCCCUCCCAGUCCCUCCCAGUCCCCUCCCAGUCCCUCCCAAUCCCCUCCCAGUCCCCUCCCAAUCCCCUCCCAGUCCAUCCCAGUCCCUCCCAAUCCCCUCCCAGUCCCUCCCCAUCCCCUCCCAGUCCCUCCCAGUCCCUCCCAGUCCCCUCCCAGUCCCCCCCAAUCCCCUCCCAGUCCCUCCCAGUAUAACCAGUAUAAACCAGUCUGACCUGUACACCCCCACCACCACGGCGUGGUCCCUCUUGUACGGCUCCAGCGUCAGCUGCUCCUGGGGCUUCAUCCUCUCCCCCGUCAUCUUCCUCACCUCCCCCGCGAACACAGCCUCGGCCGGCGCCGUCGAGUCGAUGCAGUUCGCCUGCGGGACCAGUAUAAACCAGUAUAAACCAGUAGGAACCAGUAUGGACCAGUAUAGACCAGUAUGA